GCUACGCCAACCAACCCCCGACCUCACCUUGCUCCGCCGCUACCUCGCCUUCUUCUCCUCUCAACCGUCCUCGUCGUUGUCUUCGUUGUCUUGCGCUCCCGCUGCCUUGCGCUCCCGCUGCCUUGCGCCGUCCUGCUCCACUCCAACCGCGUCCCCGUACGAGGCUUGAUAACGCUCCAGCGAGUUGUUGCACCUUGUCGAGACCUCGGUCGCCUCUUACCAAACUCACAAGCAGCUGGAGCCCGUCAAGUGCCGAAUAUCCUCAGCGACUCGUCUCGAACUGACCAGCUGCCGCUCUUGCGAGUGUAUUGAUCUUCGAUCCGAACCCCCCACCGCCGUAUAUCGCGCACGUCAUCCUCUCCAAUAUCUGCUUCCGAAUCCGCCUCUCGUCCUUUGGCCAUACUUUCCGAAACCUACCUCGACCGUCCGGUUUGGUUUCCUCUGGUGCCCCGAUACCCCUGCUUUUUACAUUCGGCCUGUCGAGACGCAUCGCGACAGGCAGACAUUGCAGGGAUUCCUGUCUGCGAUACCUGCUCAGGUUCACCAGUUCUUGCUUCUUGUUCUGGCUCUCCUUUAGAGCCGGCGCUGCCCGGGCGACACGGAAAUCUGCCGUUCAAAAACCGCCAGAGCACAUACACGUAGCCAAGGUCACGGUCCGAGCAGCGCAUCAUGGCGAACACCGCCCUUAACUUCAUUACCUUCAACCAGGAUCACAGCUGUCUGGCCGUUGGUACAUCCAAAGGCUUCCGGAUCUACCACACCGAUCCGUUCUCUAAAAUCUUCAGCAGCGAUGAUGGAAACAUUGCCAUCAUUGAGAUGCUGUUCUCGACUUCUCUUGUUGCCUUGAUCCUCUCGCCGCGACACUUGAUUAUCCAAAACACAAAGAGGUCCUCGGUCAUCUGCGAACUCACCUUUCCAUCCGCCGUGCUUGCCGUGCGUCUGAACCGUAAACGCCUCGCUGUUGUCCUCGAGUCCGAGAUUUACCUUUACGAUAUUUCCAACAUGAGCCUUCUUUUCACGAUCCCUACCUCUCCGAACCCGGGCGCCAUCUGCGCUCUCUCACCCUCCUCGGAGAACUGCUACAUCGCAUACCCCUUGCCGAAGCCACGUGAGGAUUCGGGUGACAAGAGACCGGCUCAUGCGCCCCCUCUGUCAACAUACGUUGCGCCGACGUCUGGCGAGGUUCUGGUUUUCGAUACGCUCACCUUGAAGGCUGUGAACGUCAUUGAGGCCCAUCGCUCGCCCCUCUGCUGCAUCUGUCUCAAUAGUGAAGGAACGCUUCUAGCAACAGCGAGUGAGACUGGCACCAUCAUCCGUGUCUUCUCCGUUCCUGGGGGCCAAAAGCUGUAUCAGUUCCGUCGGGGAACGUACCCUUCUACGAUUUACAGCAUGUCGUUCAACCUCAGCUCCACCCUUCUUUGCGUCUCCUCGACCUCUGAUACAGUCCACAUUUUCCGUCUCGGAGCUCCUCCGCCAGGAAACAACUCGGCCGCCGCUGCCGCAGAGUCGCCAGCGUCGCCUCGCCAGGAUCGCUGGUCCAGGUCACGCAGUUAUGACAGUGCCAACGAAUCGCCGGUGGGCAGCGCGGCAGGGUCUCCGAGAAGCGACCUGGCCGAGCCCGCAGGGCCAAGCAACGGGGGUGGCGGCGGCGGCACACAGCAGAUCAACAGGCGACAGAGUGGCUCUUUUAGCAGUAUGCUCCGGCGCUCAUCGCAGAUAAUGGGCCGCAGCGUGGCCGGCGUCGUUGGCUCGUACCUGCCACAGACCGUGACGGAGAUGUGGGAACCCCUGCGGGACUUUGCCUACAUCAAGAUUCCAAAGCCGUCCAACUCGCCCACAGGACCGGUGCGGACCGGCAGCGGCAACGUGAGCGGAGCGCAACUGCCUAGUGGACCAUUGCGAAGCGUCGUGGCUAUGAGCAGCAGCAGUCCUCAAGUAAUGGUCGUCACGAGUGAUGGCGGCUUCUAUGUGUACAACAUCGACAUGGAGCACGGCGGGGAGGGCUAUCUGGUCAAACAAUUUUCAGUCAUUGAUGGAGACGACAAAUUGGACUCGUCGUCUUACGGAACGUAAAAAGGACUGCUUUCCCGCAUGAAUCAUGACAUCGACUGAUGUGUUGUAUUGGUUUACGGUCAUAAAGUCAUGAUUUUAAACCCAUGUCGGAAGAGGGGGGUAGCUAUGCAUUAGGAGGCGUUUAGCCGCUGUUCGCUUCUUUUUUCUCUUGCACUCU